GCCACUCCGAAGAAGCACGUAGUACUCACGUGAAGCCUUUGCAAGUAUAGCUGGAGGCUAGCAAGAGGUCUCGGAACAUGAUCGACCAGCCAGCAGACUUCCGCUAAGAAACUACAGCCACGGUGCUUGCACGUACAGCGACCACCUGAUCAUGGAGCACGUUACGUCGUCUACGUGAAUGACGUCACCCAGUCUACAGGCAUAAUAAGCCUUCAGUGCCAUCCAAUACCAGGUCUACGAGUAGAAGGUUGGCAGUUGCAUCCGGCUUAGGGUCAGAUUGUGUAUCAAACAUCCACAACUGAGAUUUCAUUAUAACUUUUAAUGGGAUUCAGCACAGAAUUCAAGGUUCUCCUGUGACCUUUGCUGAGCGGCGGGAACCAAGUCUACCAUGAACAAUUUAGCCUACUCCAUGUUCGCUUCGACAGAGAGAGAUGUACUUAUCAAUAUGACGACCGAUGAUGACAUUAUCAUCAACUUGACGACAGACAGUAAUAUUGUCAUCAGUUCUACGACGUCGGACAUCACCUCCAGGUCCCUCGAUGACGUGGAGCGGUGGAUGCUGGGACUGAUGGGCGUAGUUGUGUGGAUAAAUGGAGUUGUAGGAAACAUCCUAAUACUAGUGACGCUCUACUGUCAGCCCCUGUUGAGAUCGACACACAACAUUUUCCUGGGCAACCUGGCUUUGGCGGACCUCUUCAUUGUCGGGUAUGGUCAACCAUUUUGGGUGGUAGACGUUAUUUCAGGUAUACAUCCAACUGUAAACUCUUGGCACUGCACCAUAAAUGGUUACCUAGGCUUUGUGUGCAGUGUGGCCAGCAUUGUCACACUUUGGACCAUUUCCUGUAACAGGUAUCUCAGCAUUUGUCACCAUGCCAUCUACCAAAGGCUUGUCAAUACCAAGAAAAGAGCGUUUCAGAUUUGCUUGGGACUGUGGAUAGGAUCUGCACUUUUUGGCUCAAUCCCUUUAUUUGGUCCUGGCAGUUUUGGAUAUGAAAGUGUGACCAGAACCUGUUUCUUAAAAAGGAAGGACCCAAACAGUCAAACUCACAUCGCCAUUACUGUUUGUGUUUUCAUUAUCAUGGUCAGCAUUGGGUUCUUCAAUGCGUCUAUCUUCAGGACUUGGUGGGAGAACAAGCAAAGAAUUGGCCUGUGGCAUUCAAAAUCAACUAGUAAUCAUGGUAACCUGGUGGAUGUGGAAACACGAGAAUAUAAAAUCGAGAGACCAGAGGAAGCUGCAGAGCAGAACAUCAGUAUGAAAAGAGAACAUGCCAGAUGCAGAACUAAGAAUCUGGUGAGUAUGCAAAAGAAAGUCCAGGUGAUGAAAACUAAUGAAAAUAUAGGACAAUGGCACAUGACAGAUGAGUUUAUGAAUAAUAUUGUGGUGCAAAAUAAUGUUAUGGCUGAACCCCAGAUUAUUAGGAAGAAUAUAAAGAGCAAACAUAUAAGCACAGGAGCCCAGACAAAAGCAAUAAACCACAUCCAGGACCAGGAACAUACCAGGACACACGUUUGCAGAGAGAAGAAAUCUUUAGAAUUAGAAGACAUUCCUACCAAUAACAAUGCCACAGAUGAGAGUGAAGAGCAAGAAGAGCAAUUAAAAGGCCAUGGAAAAUCCUCAGAGUGUGGAAGGCAGUUUGAAAGGAAAGAGCAUGUAAAAAGUGUGAGUGAGAUUGGGGAUCAAAGAGAGAGUCAUACAGAAAUAAGAGUUGCUCAUUCUGGUAACCAAGGGGUAAUGGUUGCUGAUGAACAGAAGCAUAGCAGUGAUCAGAAAACAAGCACAACCUCUGGAAAGAGAAUGAGUGAUGCUGUGGUAAUUUCUGUUUGUGAACUAGUGGCUCUUGUUGCUAACAAAGACAAAAUGAGGACAGCUAGUGAAUGCAACAUGCCUGAUGAAGAAAUGCUUGAUAGCUGUAGUGAAAAAGCAACUUGUAAUCCUUGCAAACGGCAGUUGUACAGUCCUUCUGAUGAAGGAAUACUUAUCAGUAAUUUAAUUACUGGUGGUAAGAUGCCAAGCUCAAGAACUGCAAAAGGGACAAAUAGUUUUAGUGACAAUGAAGCAAGACCUGGGAAUAAGCAGGGAAGGUGGAACAGUGAAUAUCAGAAGACAAAUAUUACUAAGAAACAAAAAGUAAUUACUGACAGCCAAAAAGAGAUACAUACUAUUCAUGAACAGAAGCAAACCACCACAAGCAAUCAGCAAUCAUGCUCUGGUCUUAAAAAGCAAAACGUGGUCAACAAUCUACACUUGGAAAGAAUCCCCCUAGGAUAUCUAAGGAAAUGUAUCUCUCAAGGACAAGAGGGAAGAAAUUUGUCUCUAAAGAAAGGUGAUUUAGAAGAAGAUAAGAACAUUGCUUCUAUUGAAAUUAUGACUAAGGUACAAAAUGGAAAUACUAUUGAAAACCAGGUGCAAGAUGGAAUUCAGGUGCAAGAGACAAACACUAGGCAGAAUGGAGCAAAAGACGAUGAACAGAGAAAAAGACUUAUAGAGAGAAAUGCAAAAAAGAGCAUGGAGAAACAGACUAAUAAUGAAGUUGAAGAAGCAGGUUGGAGCUGUGGAGAGUACAGUACAUCAAAUGAUGAUUUCAAGUACAAAGAUAAUGUUUAUCAUCAUUGCUGUGACUACCGAUGUAGAAAAAUCUGGCAUACUGACAGAUGUUCUGAAAAACUUGAAUCAGGUAAUGCUUCAGGAACAAGGAUCAAGAUUUCCAGCUGUUUGUGGGAACCAAAACCAGAAGACAAAUGUGAACAGACUAUUGGCAAAAACCAUCUGAGCAGAGAUGAAAAGCAACAGGAAGAAUCAGUAAAUCAGGAGCAACCUGAAGACAAUCAGAGACCAGUGAAAUGUGUAAGACUGAUACAGAGACAUAAAGCAUUAACAAUAAAUGAACAAAAUGACAAGCAUGUCGAAAGACAUACAGCAAACAAAAGAACAAAACCAGUCCAAUCAUAUGUGGAAGAAAUUUCCAGGGAAACAUUAGAUGGUAAGGAACAGAAUUUAGAAUCAUGGGACAGACAACCUAAUACAUUUGAAAAUUUGGUUGAACAGAAGCAAGAGCAGCAGAAAAUUAAACAAAAAUUAAUGAGAAUGACACAAGAACAGAUGGAGGAAAAGCCUCUGGCAAAGAAACAUAAGAAAGAAAGACCAAUAGAAGAAAGUCUGGCUGAAAGAAAUAAGAGAUUUAAAUGGUCAUUUUGGCAUAUUAACAAUACGAAAGAAACAGUAAGACAGAAAGAGGAAGAAAGAGGAAAACAGAUAACAUUUGCAGUGGCAGUGAAGCCAACUGACAUUGCUCUGAUGCGCUCUUUGUUGGCUGUGUAUGUGUGCCUGUUGCUUAUUUAUGCUGCUAUUGUUGUAGUUGAUGUUGCUCGAGCAAUCACUUAUGUACCACCUACUGUAACAGUGACUACCAACCUGCUGUUCUUUGUCAACAGCAGCAUCAACUGGCUCCUCUAUGGAGCCUUUAGCUACCAGUUCCGUCUUGCUUAUCGACGUCAGCUGUGUCAGUGGACUCAGCUUUGUUGUACAUGCACCUGAUUUUUCCAACCUGUUGAAACUGCUUGUUUUGUCACUGCUGGAUUUCCAUUUACCCUAAUUCUAGAUUACUGAGAUUGUGUAUAUUGUGCUAACAUCAAGUCUGUUGAACUAUAACCAUUUGCUGCAUUUUUUUAAUAAACAGUGUGUGUAGAGAUAGCUAUACUCAGUUUUUGUUUGAUUUAUAAUUUAUAUAUUAUAACAAACUUUCAACUUUACAUGCUGAGUUUGCUUGUUUCAUAUGUAAUAAUAUUACAAUCAUUAUCCUUUCCCAAGACUAUAACUGAUUUUUGCCCUGAUAUAACGCCUUAGUUGCUGGCUCGGUGUAAAAACACCAAUUACACCCCCACCCUAUCAUCUUCCCAAGACUGUUUUGCUUAAUAUUUUGCACAUUAAAUGUCUAUUUAGAUAUCUUUAUUAUUAUUUUAAAUGAUGUUAUUUUAAAGUCUUGUGCAGUCAGAGUGAAAAUAUUUCAGGAGUUUGUUAGCUGCUUAAAUGGCUUUGUGACAAUGAAUGAAAAUACUUUAUUGAACUGUAUUUAGCUGACUAUAUGAUAUCCUGUAGUAUUUAGGCUCCAUUUUAUUGUAUCAGCUAUGCUCAUCACCUGCAUAUUGAGGCCACGUAGCCUCAAUCAAUAAAAAUUUCUUUGUUCAUUCAUUCACUCUUUUCAGCUGAAUUCCACCCACAGCAUAAAUAAAAAAAGUCCAUAUGCAUGGCCUUCUGCUUGUAGGCGCUUAUCAUAGCCAUUCAGUGGCUGUGUACAUUGAGGGUAAAAUCCAGUUGGCUAAACCUUUGUAUUCCACUUUUCUGAUAAGAGGAAAAACAGAUGAUGCUGAUGUCCACAAAUUAAGACAAGGGAUCGAUUAUGAUUAAAUAAGUGUAUACAAGUUUAUUUUGGUUGGUUGGUUGGUUCAUCUGAAAAGAUCCAAGUGCUUCUGCAUGUGCUGAUUUCAUACUGAAGGGAUGGGGGAUGUGUGUGGGGGAAAAGGUCAUUGCAUGUCUGUAAUGAGACCAUGCAAUUAGUGUGCAAGUAGGGCUGAUACCUUUCUUGCCACUUAGAGCUCCUCACUUGAGUGCCUGGCGACCUUGCCACUAGUGUAGAAUAGUACUAUCAAAAUUGUAGGUGUUGUGCUAUUUUGAAAUGUUUGUUUCUUGGACUGAUCGAACUACUUCAUUUAGUUUAUUAAUACAUAUUUUAAAAUUGAUUUCACCAACCUUCAAGAAUCUUGUUCUGCAAUAUAUUUAAAAUAUUCUGCUCAAUUUUUUUUUUAUUAUGAAAAAUAUUUAUAGACUACUAUUUAUUUUUUCUUAUCCUUUAAAAAGUUCUCUUUAAGGCUUUUGCUUUCCUUUGCUGUCAU